AUGGAAUCGUCAGUUUUGACUGGCUUAGAGGAAGUGCAAGGGCAUUUCCCCCUGGCCGAGCCCGAGGAGAAGGGACACGAGUGCUCGACCUCGACGGUCUCGGCCAUUCCUCUCUCCAAGUUCGAGCCCAUCACCGCUACAACGAUCUCUCUCGGCUGCAUUCUAGCUUAUAACGUCGAGAUUCCCGGCUGUGCGAUCAGCGACUUCGUGGCGGGCAAUGCGUGCUCGGCCUCAUGUGUGAGGGGUCUGAAAAGGGUAGAGGCGAAUCUCGCGUCUGCUUGCGACAGGACAGAGGUAUCGGAGAUUUCGGUAUUGGGACAGGCGCUGUUGGGCAACCUGGUGGAGCUGCUUUGUCCAGGUACAUCCUCUCCUGAGAACCCAGUGUCAAGUCCAACGGCUGCACCUACCACCUUCACUACACGGCGUAGCUCAAGUCCUCCGCCGCUCACAUUUACUCCAGUUCGGCCUUCGUCGACCACCACCACGGCCGUGACGGAGACAGAAGAACCCGAGACAUCGACAUCAACCUCCAGGGCCUCUCCCACCACUACGACGCCUCAGACAUUCAUCCAAUCAUCACCUCCGACAAGUUCGCCUUCUUCAGAUUCAACAAGCACGCCGGAGCCUCCUGCGGAGGACUCUGGGGGUUCGUCAGGCGGCGGCACCCCGUUCGACAACCCGUUCGACAACGCGGGAAGCGGCUCAAGACAAGCUACAGCGUGCUGGGUGCAGGCGAUGGCUAUUGGAUUGGGCGUGGGCUUGCUACUCUUGCGGUAG